UGUGUAAGCUGUGUGAGCUGUGAUUCUAGUCUUCACAGAGGGGGGAAGUGCAGUUUCUCCAGAAGCAGAGAGUCGUAGAGGGGCGGGGCUACUACUUUCAACCAAUCACAGUCCGCCUACGUUUAAAUAGCUCUUUGUGUCAAUCAUGUGUUUUUUUUUUUCACUGGUCGGGUUCGCCUCCCCUCUAUCGCCAUAUUGGGCACCGAAAAGUCAUUGUUAUUUCUUCCUUUUACUACGACGCUGAAGUUGACAGGAGUGGCCGUCGCGAGUGCAUUGUUGUUUUGAUGCUCCGUAGGAGGAAAUACGCGCACACACACACGCGCACACACGCGCUCUCUCUCUCGUUCUCUCUCUCUCUCUGUGUGUCUCUCUCUGUCUCUCUCUCUCUCUCUCUCUCUCUGUGUGUUUUUUUUUUUUUGUUUCCGCUCGGGGGCUUUAAAGCUUUAAAGUGUGUCUCCUGCGUGGCAUGCGCGCGCGCUCGGGGGCAACUCGGAGUGUUGUUUUGGUGGAUUAAACCGGACUUUCUGAUUAUUGUUCAUUUUCUCUUUUCCCCCCAUUUUUGUGUGUAAUACUUGUAAACAUUUCCCGAGCUGUAAAACAAGAAAAGAACAAUGUCUAACGUGCGCCUGUCGAACGGGAGCCCGACCCUGGAGAGGAUGGACGCGGCGAGGCUGGGGGAUCAGCCCAAACCGUCGGCGUGCAGGACUCUGUUCGGUCCGGUGGAUCACGAAGAGUUAAAGAGGGAGUUAACGGGCCACCUGAAGGCGAUGGAAGAGGCGGCGGCCGAGACCUGGGGCUUCGACUUCUCCACACACACACCGCGGCCCAACGCCAGAUUCAUCUGGAAAGUGGUGGACAGUAAGGACUUACCGAGUUUCUACAGCGCGUCUGAACCGCUGAGUAAAAGUGUGUGUGUGUCCGGGAAUAACGGAGUGGAUCUAAACGGGAACUGUGGACUAACCGAGCAGAAGGAGGACAGGUCCGAGAAACAAACCGACAGGACGGACAAGAGGAAAAGACCUGCGUGUGUCGACUCGUCGUCUUGUUCGACUAAACGCUCGCGCACCUGUUUAAAUGAAACUCCUCACACACCGAAGAAAUGCAGUCCGCCGAGACACACGUAAAACACAGCUGAGAGCCGAAGAUGUUCUCUCCCUCCUGACGGCUUCAGUGCUUGGCAGACGAAAAAUUCACGGAGUGAAGAAUGAUGGGAAAGGAAAAGCUUAUCAGCUCAAAGAGUGGGGAGACUUGGACAAGCACUGAAACAAACGUUCUGGCACUAAAAGAAAAAAAAAGGAAAAAGAUCAACUGCCUCAAAAGCAGUCUAUGUAGCAGUGUGCAAUUAGGUUUAAUCUCCUUUUUUGCUCAUUAUUUUUUUUUUUAUUCUUACUACCUGUGUACAUAUUUUCUUUUCGUAUGUAUGUAGCACAUAAAACACAUUAUUAUGUUGGGUUUUUUCUUUUACAGUUUUGGACUAGGUGAAUUCCAAUUGACUUGAAGAGCUGCAAUUUGGGGGUUUCAAAAAAAAUAAAUAAAUAAAAAAUAAUAAUUUCCAAGAUGCUGUUUGUUACGUUUGCUGUUUUUUUUUUGUUUUGUUUUAAGGUGGUGUACCCCAUUUUACAAUGAUUUUACAAACGUAUUGUGUUCUUCUGUUGUCACUGAAACCCGUUGGAGUGUCCACACAUGCUCGAACAGCUGCGUACACCUACAGCCCUCGGGUGAUGCAUGGUACAUAAAUCACAUGGUCUUUUCUAGAUCGGUGUGGUUUCUAGUCUCUCUGUUUGCUCUCUUCUAAAGAAAACCUCAUACAAACAAUAUACUCUGUAGAGAAUGCAGAGCUUUAUCUAAAAUUGUUCGCUUUAUUAUUAUUAUUAUUAUUAUUAUUAUUAUUAUAUGUAACUUAUGUCUCUGAUUUUGAUUAGGACAAGCUGACCAAUAAUGUUCAGUUAUAGACAAGGUCAAACCACGUAGCAUGAACCAGUAUUAACACCAUGUGAGACACUUGCUGAAAGACUAAAGUGAUCCUCACUUAUUGAUAAAUUAUUCUUUAAUAUGUAUUUUGAUUAUUAUUAUUGUUGUUGUUGGGUUCUUUUGGGUGGGUUUUUUGAGUGAAAAUUUCUACUGAUGGCCUUAUCUUAGAUUUCCUGUUUCAUUUCUCUCGGUUUGACUCCAGCACUCGCCCACAUUUGGUGUAAAGCUGUAUGCACCUACACUCCCAUUUGAUUCUGUGGUUAAAUAUGACACACAAUUUUAUUUAUAGAAAAAAAAAAGUGUAAAUUUAAUAAUUCAGCAGACCACACAGCCUGUGUAUUUGUUUAAACUUUGAGGUGUACCUGUGUACAUAACUUUGUAAAAACACUGAGGAAAAUUAAAACUAACUUAUUUAUGUCCAGGGUUUUUUUUUUGUUUUGUUUUUUUUUUUUUUUUUGUUUGUUUGUUUUUGUUUUUUAAUCUAAAAAUGUGUGGUCAUGGUUAUUCAAAGUCCAAAGUGGCAUUUGAGUUAUUUUUUAAAAUGCUUUUUAAAUAUUUUAACAGAUUGUUGUGUAAGGUUGCAAACUGAGCCUGGUUUAAAAAAAGAGAAGAAAAGGAAAGAAAAAAGUAAUAUUGUUGUAUGUGCAGUUUUUGUUAUGAUUGGUUAUAUAAUGUGCUGAAAUCAAUUAAAAGAGAAUUAAAUUAUAAUGGGUAUUUGAAUUUCUUAUAAUUGCUUUUUUUUUUUUUUUUUUGAGUGGUUGCAUAUGGGGGGAAAAACGCUUCAUGUGGUGAAAUGUUAGUUUUCAUUGUUUAAUUAUAUAACGUUAUACUACAUGCUUUCCUGAACUGAAAAAGCCUUUAUGACCCUCAGAAGUGAAAUGGAAGAAAAUUUCAUUUAAAAUUUCAAUUGCGACUCCACUGACAGACACCACUGCAAUUAUUGUCUAAAAGCAACUCAUUGAUUCAAUUGACAUUUUAUUUUAUAUGUAAUAAAUAAAAUAUACAAAAUAAUAACUAUAACCACAAAAACUUUGCCUACCAUAUCAAUCUUUAUUCAUAAUAUACAGCUUAACAGGCUAUAAAGAAGUCCAUCCCAUCCAGAAGUCAUUCCUUGUUUAAUACUAUAUAUUAAUAAAUGAAUACAUUUUUAUUUCUUUAAAAAAAAGAAUUUCACCAUUCUUAACUACAAGGGGUUGUAUGAAACACUUAUGUAGUUAAUGCCAAUGAGAGAGAAGACAAAGCUUAGGACAGCACUGAAAGGUGUUCAGAGAUGACUGACACACUCACCAUUGAGUGUUGGAGAGUGUGAUGUUAAUCUAGUAGAACCUGAAUGAGGUGCAUGGUGAUACCCAGGUAACAGCAGAACAGACUUCCCAGAGUGGCACUCCCAUGAAGAAGAGACACUCCUUGUAGGGUGAAAUAUCACAAUAGUGGCUGGCAUCCAGCCAGUCUAUACACCAAGGUGAUGUCAUCCAGCACUGAGUGACACACUGUGUCUUGGCUGAUGAAUAGUUGUUCUGAGUAUUGGUUUUAUAAUAUCUCGGGGCACGGACAGCAGUGAACACACUGUGGGCUCCCCUUUACUGAAAGCUGCAAGGUUAAUCGACUGAUUCACAUAUUCGCAUACAUCCUGUAUUCAACCACAAGGUUGCCCGAGAGUCUUGCCACCAACCCAUGCAAGACGAGCUUAUCAUCAGAGCAUAGACUCUUUUAGGUGAAGUGAAAGUGCUAACAAAAUCGCAGUUUGUCAGAGAUACCAUUUCAAGUCAGCAUCCUGCAGUGGAACACAAGGGAGGACCUUUUGUUUAUUGAAGCUUAUGAGGCCCCAAAGACACUCCAUCUAUGGUAUUUGGUGUCCACAUACAUUUCCUGAUUUCUUCUGUUUUUGUGUGUAUCUCCUACUAAAUUAUUUCAGAAGUGAAAACAAAAUCUAAGAUCAAACAAAGGUAUCCUGACUAAACACAAAAUACAGUUUAUAAAUGAUAGUUAUUUAUUGACACAAAAGAGUUAUCCAAUACCAGCUGGGCCUGUGUGAAAAUGUAAUUGCCCCUGUAGUUACUAAUUCCCCAAAUCUAUGAAACUGCGUUCAUAAUGGAGUUCAGCUGGACUAGACGCAACCAGGCCUGAUUACUGCAAACCCUGUUCAAUCACAUCAACACUUAAAUAGAACUUUUUCAAUAACAUGAAGCUGGUUAAAAGUUCUUCCAGUAACACACUAUGCCAAAGUUAAAAAAAUACAAAUAAAAAUGCAGAAAUGGUGAGUAGAAGGUGAUUUAAAUACAUCAGUCUAGAAAGUGGAGCUAUUUGGAAGACAGGGGUCCUGUUACAUCUGGCAUAAACCAAACACAGAAUUCCACAAAAAGAGCAUUAUAUCUACGGUCAAGCGUGGUGGUGGAAGUGUGAUGAUGUGGGGAUGCUUUGCUGCUUCAGGGCCUGGGCAACUUGCAAUAAUUGAAGGAAACAUGAAUUCUGCUCUCUACCAGAAAAUCCUAAAGGAGAAUAUCUGGUCUUCAGUCCGUAAAUUGAAACCCAAGUUCAACUGGAUUAUGCAGCAAGACAAUGAUCAUAGGAGUAAUUCUAGUCCUCGAAGCAAGUGAAAGACUGAUCUCCAGUUAUCAGAAGCAUUUGGUUGCAGUUAUUGCUGCUAAAGGUAUUUAAGUUUAAGGGAGGGAUUCAUUUUUCAUAUUGGUGAUGUGUUGGAUAAUGUUUUUCUGCUUCUAUACAUGUAUUAUUAUUAUUUUUUAAAUAACCGUAUUGUGUCUCAGGUUCAAACUCAAACGCAACUCAGGUUGCCUUUGUUUUAUGUUGUAUUUUGUUUAAAGAUCUAAAAAAUAUUUAGUAUGAGAUAUACACAAAAACUGAAGAGAUCAGGAUGGGACCAAAUACUUUUUCAUAGCACAGUAGAAGGGGUUUUCCACUCUCUAGCAGUGCCUGAAAAAAAGUCAGGAUCUUAAGGAUUGUGCACUGCAUUAUGAUCAGUUAAUAAGAUGAGCAACACACACAGAA